UCUUUUACAGCAUUGUCUGCAAGAUGACAGCUAUGUCUGUACUCUAUAUGUAACAUGCAGUAUGCAAAUCACACAAGAUUGUUGCAAUAUCGUCAUAUACAAUAAAUUAUACUACAGUGUUCUCAUGUACCAGCAUUCAUGGAACUGCAUGCUACACAAGUCAUGAUUUACAGAAGCAAAUUUAUCUCAUCUGCCCACGUAUUCAUCCAGCUGGAUUGCAAUAGGUUGCGGCCAAAUGGUGCAUAUCAGCCACCAUUUGAAUUAGGUGGUCAGUCCAGUGAUGCCACAACUGUGUAAUUCCACGUCGCGAGUUAUUUCAAAUUUGAACUCCAAUUGGUCAUGCAAUGGAACCACCAACUGGUUCCUGAAUAGGUCCAAUUGAUUUUCAGUCUAAUGGGUGGCAAAAGUGUGACUUUUCGGCCAAUUGGAACACCAACUGGUUUUGGAACGGGUCCAAUUGGUUUGGUGUCCAAUGGGUGGCGAAAACACAACUGGUCGACAAAUUGGAUCCAUUUUGAUAUUUUCCAAUUGGACCCGUUACUUUUUUUCGACUGUGUACAACAAAAAGUGCCAAACCAUUAAUUCUGAGAGAAACCGCCUAAGAUUGUGCCACAACAUCUGUUUCCAAGGCAGUCGUAACUAACAGUGUGCAUUAAUAUUCCCUUGGCAGCAUUUCCAUACAUUUCCAUUUGUAUUUUCCAUAGGCAUUUCCUACAGUGAUGACGGAAUUGAUGCACUACAGGACUACAUUGAAAGAGAGAUGGGUGUUUCUACAGCUGACUUCCACAACUUGCACGCUUGGCGCUUGUUCGUCAACAUCAUAUCUUGUCACCUCGGGGGCUUCCUCAUUAGCCGGCUGUUUGGUAUACGUCGUGCGGUUAUGAUUUUUAUCAGCUUUGCCAUUUUGGGGAAGGGGUUAUCUGCCUUGGGUGGAUUUGCGUAUAGCUUCAGAGUGAUGAAACUUGGAUAUUUUGUCUCUGGGUUUGGAGGAGAGUCGCUCGAUGUUGCACUGGGCAUAUACACUGUCUGCUGGUUCAAGGGCAAGAUGCUCAACACGGCCUUUGUUCUGCAACUUUGCUUAUCAGCGGUGGGUGACUGGGUCAGCUCCAUGACCAUGCCUAACAUCUACAAUGCACAGCCUGAAAGUGGUCAUGCGCGUCUUGGCGUGACUCUCCUAGUUCCUGCAGCUGCCACGUGCAUAUUCUUCGUGGGGUGCAUUUGGGUCCUUGAAUUUCUGGACAAGCGAGCUGGACGCAUCUGCAAAGCAGCAGAAACGGAAGAAGUGGUGCACCUGCCGGGCAUCAAGAAGUUUCCAGUCUCCUUCUGGGCUCUCUGCUUCAUUUGUGUCUCGUACUACAUUACUAUACUUCCCUCCAACGACGUUGGAACAGCUCUGCGUAUGAAGAUAUAUAAUUUCUCUGAAUCUGAAGCAGACUCAGUUGAGAGUGUGUUAUACAUAUUCUCUGCCAUAGCAUUGCUUCUUUCUGGUAUUCUUUUCGACAAAAUCGGCAUGAACUUGAUGUGGAUGUGUAUCUCUGUGGUGGUGACAGUCGUCUGCCAUGCCCUGCUCGUAUUCUCACCUGUGAGCCCUUCGGUGCCAGUGGUGAGCACUCUGUCUACAACACUGUAAUAAGUGGUGUGUCGCUCUUUUGUUAUAGUAGCAGACCAAUUAUUCGGACUUGUU